CUACUUUGCACACUCGCGUUUAAAAACGACAUGGAUAUCAAAACGUUGCUUUAUAACCUUCGUGAAGAAGUUUCUUGUUCUGUGUGUACCAACAUUUUCACAGAUCCGAAACAGCUCCAAUGUUUACACAGUUUCUGUGCGCAAUGCUUGAAGCAGUGGCACAGAACAAGCCAUGGCCGAGACACAAUCAGAUGUCCGAAAUGCCAAGCUCUUAGCAAAGUGCCGGAAAGUGGCGAUCUGAAAGAUUUACCAACCAGUUUUUACCUGAACGGCCUGAUUGAUGUGUUAGCCAUAAAAGAAUGUAAAAGCAGUCAAGUACAGUGUGGAAAUUGCGACAAGAAAAGCUCUGAGACAUCUUAUUGUUUCCAGUGUUGCAUAUUUUAUUGCCAAGAAUGCGUCAUUGGACACAACAUCAUGCGAAGUAACAAAGAUCACCGUGUUCUGGCGCUCAAGGAUUUUCAGGAGAAGGACUUUGAGUGUGUGAUAAAACGACCGUCCUUUUGCUCAAAACAGCGACACGCGAAAGAAGAGCUGAAAUAUUUUUGUAAAAAUUGCGACGCUGCGGUUUGCCAAACUUGUGUUUUGAUGGACCACGCAGGUCAUGCCUUGGAACACUUAGAAGAAGAAGCUGAGAGGCAAAAGAUUGAAAUCAAAUCAUUGACUGAAGAUCAGAAACGCAAUUUACAAGCAAAGAUGAACAAUGUUGGUCAGCUCGAAAAGGAGUACGCUCAACUGAUUGAACAAGGCGAAGACGCGAAAAGAAAUGUUCAUAGAUUUGUCGACGACGUGAUCGCGGUCAUUCAAGCCAAGAGGGAAAAUAUUAUUGCAAAGGUUGAAAGCCAAACAAAAACAUCCCUUCAAGCUCUAACAGCUGAGAAAACGGAGACUGAGAGUCAAAUAAAGAGCAUUGAAUCAACGCUGGAAAAAACCAACGAGCUUUUGACGCGACGUACAGACGCUGAAGUCGUUCAACUAAAGAAAUCAUUGUGCGCAAUCAUUGCGACUCAAAAUGAAAGCCAACCGAUUAAGCGUGACCCGAAUAACUUUCCUGCUCCGGUUUUCAUGGAAAAUCAAAAGAUGCUAGAUACAGUCAACUCCGAAGAAAUUGGAAGUGUACUACAUGCAUGCAACAAAACGGAAGCAGGAAUGUCUGUUACGGAGGGCAAAGAACUGAGAGAAGCUUUUGUAGGACGCGAGGUGCAGUUUGUUUUGGUCACGAAAAACGCUCAAGGAGAGCGAUGUUAUUUUAAACAUGACAAUGUAACAGUAGAGAUCACUGACGAAAAACAUCGAAAAUGUGACACAGAGGUGCGAAUAAACAACAAUGGAGACGGAAAUUAUCGCAUCAGCUACUUUCCAAGAGAUUUAGGCAGAUUCAUAGUGAGAGUCAAGGUAAAUGGAGAACAAACUCUAGGAAAUCCUCUGAUUGUGCAGGUAAAACAGUUUAAGUCUGUUAUCGUUUCAACUUUUGGAACUUUCGGCUCGUGCGUUGGGAAGUUUAAUAAGCCUUGUGGUUUGGCAGUAAAUGCCAGUGAUGAGAUAGCUGUAACCGAAUCUUAUAACCACCGAGUUCAAAUCUUUAACACUGAUGGACAUAAUUUAAGAUCCUUCGGUCGAAAAGGUCACGGGAUGGGAGAAUUUAGUAAGCCGAAGGGAAUUGUAUUUCACCAAAAUGGGAAUAUUUUUGUGGCAGACCAAGAUAACCAUAGAGUCCAGGUUUUCAGUGGGGAGGGUGUUUUCCUAAGAAAAUUUGGAGGAAAAGGAAGCCAUAAUACUCAGCUCAGUUUUCUUCGCGGUUUAUCUGUGGAUAGUGAUGGAAAUAUUCUUGUUGUUGAUAAAGGUAACAAGGAAAUCAAAAUAUUUUCCCCUGACGGAAAGUUUUUAAGAAAGUUUGGUGGGCAAGGCUCUUUAAAUUUUCCUGUCCACUGCGUUCAAUGUGAUAGAUAUCUCAUAGUGUCAGACAGGGGUGACCAAUGUAUUAAAGUGUUUGACAGGAAUGGAACCUUUCAGUACAAGUUUGGAAAGCAAGGUAGAGGGGACGGAGAAUUUGAAAAUCCCAACGGUUUGUCGGUAAACAAGUCAGGACACUUGAUGGUCUGCGAUACAAGUAAUCACAGAGUACAGAUAUUUGAGCUGAGUGGAAAGUUUGUUGCUAAGUUUGGAACAAAAGGUAGAGAUCCUGGCGAAUUUGAUUUCCCUCGAUCGAUUUCAGUGCUAAGUGAUGGCCGCAUUAUUGUGUGUGAGUUGGGAAACCAUCGCAUUCAGUUGCUCACGUUCGAAUACAAAACUCCAGCUGCCUCAGGUGUAGAUAAUUCGAUCUGA